AUGCAGCGAAAAAUCUACUCUCUUAUCAUCACUCUGCUUCUUCUAGACACUGUUGUAGCUCCUGGUGAACAAAUAUGUAACUUUCCGGAGACCGGCACCUUGCAGGAAGGAGAUGCAUCCUUUCCCUACACUACAAUCAGGCUAGCACCAACAGCAUCGAGAGAAGACUCGUACUACGUGGGAUCAAAGAUAUCAAUCACCCAAGGGACGGGAGCUGGUGCAUCAUCCGUCAUCUCCGCUUAUUGCGGAUGGUCGCAUGCAUCCUGCGAGGGGGUUGACAACGCUGGUGAUUUUCAGAGCGUAGCAUUUUCUAUGUACAAGGACAGCAGCAGCAAGAAUGUCGCAUCUUCCUUGGUUAUCAAACUCCCAGCAAUCGAUCGAGGGGGACGAAGGACACCAAACUCCGGACAGAUCACGUGUUCUUCACAAUACAAGACGCCAUACAUGACGACGUAUAGCGGUUCUGAUUGCUUCGGCCCUUACGCUGGGAUGAACGUCUUCAUCUCCUCGGGAACUGGUGCUGGACAGGUGGGACUUGUGCGGGCAGGUCCCAACUCCAACUAUGAGAUCCUCGUCACCGGGCUGUUCGGAUGGUGUCAGAACGGAAGUGACGCUCUCGCCUGUCAGACCAAUUGGCAUGAUCCACGUCUCGAGCCCAACUGUAAGGCAAACAAUGGAGCGAGGUGCAUACUGGAUGCUGAUUGUACUGGUGGAGGAAACUGCCAUGUGCCUGUUGACACUACGUCCACGUAUACGAUAGCCAUGUCGACAGUUCCCACCACUUGCGUUCCACUGUGCGAUGGAGUAGCAUCGUUCACAGCUACAGUUGACUUCAAAGUUGCCACAGCUACAGACAGUGUAUACCAGAUCGAACGAGGAUGCUACCAUGAGAGGUAUGGAGCAGGAAUGAGAAAAUUGGGAGCAACAGGAAGUGGCUCUGGGCAGCAGAGUGUUAUGCUGGAGUAUAAAGCCGUCAUCCCUGGAGGAGAGGUCACUGCAUCGCCAGUCCUGUGCAGCGACGGCUCUGUAGUGGUCGCCUCGAUGAGGGGAUUCCUGACUAAGUUCUCUCCUAGCGGCCAGAUAAGCUGGAGCAUCUUUGUUGGCCCUGUGGCCGGAAGCCCUUGCGUUGGCGAGGACGACACCAUCUACUUUGGAAGCAAUGACAGAAACGUGUGGGCAGUGAACGCGUUCGGGGUCGUGAAAUGGAAGUACCUUACCCCACUUCCUUUGCACUCAACUCCUUUGGCUACUCAAAAUGCUGUCUUCAUCGGAGAUCGCACAGGAAUGCUUUACAAGUUCAAUCUGGACGGGACCUUGGGUUGGCAGUUCAUGACUGGAGGUGAAAUUCUCGGCAGCCCUGCGAUAGUUCGGGGGGAGCGUGUCUUGAUUGGAUCUCUGGAUACCUUUCUGUACUGCGUCAACAUCUCCACUGGGAAUCUCGUUUGGAAGGCUUCAAAUGGGCAGCAAAUAUCCGGAACUCCGCUGGAUACUUCAAUUGCCUAUGGCACGCGAGAGGGGGAAUUACAGAAGGGAGAGAUAGUUUAUUGA